AUGUCAACACAUUUCACAGCUGCAUACCACACCUAGUGACCUACUACCAAGGCAGACGUAUAUCACGCUCAUCUAGGCUACUGUCAGCUACUGCAACUACGCUCAUCACCGCCUGGAUAGCCAUUCGCUGACGAGGAGUCGUCACUUCAUUCCAUCGGGGCACAAUGAGACAUCGCGAAUGUGAAAUACGCAUUACAUGCGACGGCCAGGAGCUCGAUGAAUACGAUGUUCAAGUGAACGGCAACGUCGUCGAAUGCUACGUGCUCAGCGAAUCGGGCAAGGUAUUCGAGAUCAUGUGUAGUAACACCUCCUCGACACAGAUUUCAACUAGUACUGCUGUCGAUGGUCGGGUGUUUCCGAGGCGAAAAGCCUUGAGGGCUGGUCGCAAGGAUGAAACACUCAAUUAUGUUGUCGAUGUGGAUAACAUGAAGCCACUGAUGUUUUCAGAUAUUUCCAUCACUGUUACAGAUGACGACAAUGCUUCGAAGGAGCCAUCUUCAAGUGCCAAUAACCUCGGUCUGAUCCAGAUCAGUGUCGUCCGCUCGACGUUGCAUAGAACAGUACCCUGGACACCACUUCGUAAUGCGGAAGUGCAGAACUUUGGGGCUUUCCACGAGAGAACGAAGAAAGUCGGUGUGCACUGCGUCUCGCUUGGGGCAAGGACGUCAAUCCCCGAGCCCCAGACAACGCUUCGACAGGUCGUGCACAUUGACGACUUGUCUGCGCCGUACAUCGUCUUCAAGUUUCAGUAUAGGCCACGCGCCUUACUUCAAGCCCAGGGCAUCGUGCAAUCGAUUGUGGCCGAGCGGCCGCGCAAUAAUUCGGGUGCAUCUCCUGACCUGCCCGCCGUGCGAGACGCGCCAGUGCAGGCUCAGAGUCCAGACGGGGUCUCACAUCGCAAGCGAGACGACAAUGGGUCUGGCCGGCCACUAAAGAGGCCCCGGCAAGGCGGCAGCUCAUCGUCUCGGGUCGUGGGCCCCCUCGUUAGCGAUACAGAGGACGCAAAGUCAUUUGCGCUCAAAGACGAGGAGGACGACAGUGCAGAAGAUCUAGAUGCUCUAGAGGCUCAGAUCCAGGCUAUCCGUCAGAGGAUGGACAGGGCGAAAAGGAAGAGGAUACCAGGCGGUAAGCCUCGCGUGGUCAAGAGAGAGCCGUCUCCAAUUCAGGCCGGCGGCGUCGAUGGCAGCGUCAUAGACUUGACUGAUGACUGACGCUUGGGG